GAACAAUUGUCCGAACUUGCAUCACACAGGUGGAACAAGCACUGAGCGAGAUUUCUGUCACUUGCUUCUCUGUUACGUAUGGAGUAACACUGAUCCAGAGUCUGUGUGGCUGUCAGUUUCUUCGUCAGUGAACAGGACCGUAUUGAUAAUCCUAAGUCGGAUCGCCAAAUAAAAGUAAAUCAGAAUGCGUUGGACACCAAUUUCCUCGACACUUCCUUGGCUCCUCUUACUUCUCGUACCUGACAACGUCUUUCCUCAGACCACUUCCGGUGAACAGCGGGAAGAGACUGCCAAACCCCCCGAAGGGGAUCCAAGAGCCGAUUUUGACUGCAAGGAGAUAGCUGGGGGCCUACCUUCAAUCAAUCCUUCCGCUCAGUCCUCCUGUUGUGGUUCUACUACACCUGAGUGCGAAAAAUUCCACAACGGAGUCUGCAAGUUGCGACAGGACUCUGGAAACUGCGACUACACCCUUGACAUCUGCCCUCGGACUGACUCGAAUUGGCUCUGCACUUGCUGCGCUUCAUGUGACGGAGAAGCCUCAAACAACUGUAAGGCUAAUGGAGGCCAUUGUCGAAGGAGUUGCGCAGAGGAGGAGGUAUACGCCUUUUGGCACGACUGCGCUAAAGGAGACUGCAGGUGCUGCAAGGAAUGUCUGCAGAGCACGUGCGCUGAGGGCAAGGGUAUCUGUACCCACCCAGCUCGGGAAUGCCCCAAAGGCUUCUUCCCAAGCGAGCAACUCUGCAGGGGCUUCAAUGAUAGACCGUGCAAGUGCUGCGUCCCUUGUCAACAACCCGAAUGCCCAGGCGUGACAGGCUCUUGCCAGGACAAAGCCAGCCCCUGCCCGGAUGGUAGCAGCGACAAUGCUGUUGAGGUCAACUGCCCCUGCCCAGAUAGCAAAUGCCGCUACUGCUCCCGAAACCAAGCUCCUCCAACAACUGAGGGGGCACCCAAACCUUGAAGAUGAUGAUGAUGAUGAUGGUGAUGAUGAUGAUGAUCAUGAUAAACUUGGACAAUGAAGCGCCAGAAAUUAACUCCACAGCAAAUUCAGAGUUGUAACUGUAUUAUUUUUUGACCAUGAUUAAUUCGCGGUAAAGUAACGCCUUUUGAUAAUUUAACACCACCAUUAUGUAAGGAUUCAAGAUUUAAAUCAGUAACCAAUUAAAAGAAAUUAAUAUAAAGAUUGAAGUGAUUUAGUAAAAUCAUAAUUUAACGAGUUUAUCUUUGCAUCAUAAUUAGAAACUUUGAAUCAGUCACCAGUCUAAUUUUUAAUUGAUUUUUUUUAUUACGGUAAGAGAUUGUUUGGUAAGUCAACUGUUUCCUUAUAUUUAGUUUUCUUAAGAUUCCAUCGGAACACUGUUUGUAAUUGGUCGUUAUGAUAACACUUGUAAUGUCUUAGUAUUGAUAAUAAAUUGGAUUAACGUAAA